AUGCUUGAAGGCGAGAGACUUAGCCAAAGCGCCUCGUAUUACCUAUACUGUCAUGGCAAAAGCAUGUUGGAUUCUUUUACCACUGUCGGAACUUCUGAAUGUUUUUUGUUUUCUUUUGACGCAUUUGUCUGUCUCCGGUGCAGUUUAAGGACGGAAGAAGAUCAAAGAAAAAAAAAAGCGAGCAAUGAACCACCAAGAUCGAAUUCCUCAGAAAAAUCACCUCAUAUAUCUCGCGACAUGUAUACUGGGUUCAGAGUGCGCAUUAAUUGUACCUUCGAUUCGAUCGAUCUUUACGAAGAUAGAACUUAG